UCUCUAGCACGCACAUACGCACACACUGAACGCCAAAAGGCCUUUUCGUUGCCGAGCGUGGAGUGAUAUAGACCGAGAGACAAGAUGCAGCUCUUCGUACGCGCGCAGAACACUCACACCCUUCACCUGACGGGCCAGGAGACCGUCGGGGACAUUAAGGCCCAGAUUCAGGCCCUUGAAGGACUUGCAGUAGAAGAUCAAGUGCUGCUGCUUUCCGGCACCCCCCUGGAAGAUGGCGCUUUCCUGGAGCACUGCGGGGUGUCAGAGAACUGCACCCUGGAAGUGACUGGCAGGCUUUUGGGAGGUAAGGUCCACGGCUCCUUGGCUCGUGCUGGGAAAGUGCGGGGACAGACACCCAAGGUGGACAAACAGGAGAAGAAGAAGAAGAAGACUGGCCGUGCUAAGCGACGCAUUCAGUACAACCGUCGCUUUGUUAAUGUGGUGCCCACAUUCGGCAAGAAGAAGGGCCCCAACGCCAAUUCUUAAAACCCCACCAAACCCCCAGCCGAGCAUGGACCUGGAGAAAUUCACAUUCUAGAUUCCUGGAUACUUCAGAUAAGCUGCAGAAGUGCACACUCUAGCACCAAAUUCAGAUUCUGCAUCAAGUCUAAAUCUGGCGAUUGCCUACUUGGAUCAGUUUCAGUUUUUUUUUUCAGCUUGUGAGUUUGUGUUCAGAUGUGAAUGUAAACCAAACCAGGUCUCUACUCUGUGUAAGAAUCAAAAUAAAGUGCAUACAUAUGUUCACAA